CCGCCCCAUAACUCCGCUGCAGCCUGAGGGGAGCCAGACACACUCUCAGGCCCCGAAUAUAGAAAAAUUAUCGGAAAAAAAUCGGGAAAAAUCAUAAAAGAACAGAUCGCGAGGAGAAAAGAACGCGGAGCGGUGAGCGUGGGUUCUCCCACGGCGGGUGUCUGGUCCGGUCCGGUCCGAGAUGGAAGGUUACCGGCAGGGCUCCAUGUGAAACUGACUAAUGCGGUGCUGGAAACUUUUUGGACAGUAAAAAUGCAGAGCAGUGUUUCCCACUCACCGCCAACCAUAGCUGUUGGGACCGGGUGAGGAGGAGAGAACAAGAGAGCGAAGGAGAGGAGCGACUGAAGCAGAGAGCGAGAGAGAGAGGGAGCGAGAGAGAGAGAGAACAAAAGUGCAGAGACGAAAGACAAGUAGUAUUUCAACAGAUUUUGGCUUACCUUGAUGUUUCCACUGGAUCAUUGGCCCUUCCUGUGAGCUGUCGAGCAUCUUCUUUUUUCGAUAACCCCCCCUGCCCCCCCCCCCCCUCCCCCCCUCCACAACUUCCCAAGUUGAGCCUGCAAGGCAGGGGAGCCAAAAGUAUAUUUUCAUGGCAGCGGCACUCUAGGGCUGCCAUGGCAGCUGCUGCCGCCGAUGCCUCACACCGUUUUACCGCACUGACGCCGGAGGAAGAGGGACGACGGACUGCCGCCAAGCUGUUUGGGAGCGCUGCCCCGCUGCCACGGAUAGAGAGAGAGAGAGAGAGGGGGAGAGAGAGAGAGAGGGAGAGGGAAGGAGAAGGAGAAAGGGUAGGGAAAGCGAGUGGGAACGAGUGUUUGGUGUGCGGGGCCCUGUUCGCCUCACAGGAGAAGCUCCGGCUGCACGCCUUGAGUCACACAGGAGAGAAACCCUUCCACUGCUCACAGCCACACUGUCCUAAGGCCUUCAGCUCCAAAUACAAACUCUUCAGGCAUAUGGCCACACACUCUCCACAGAAGACCCAUCAGUGUUCAUUCUGUGAGAAAAUGUUCCACCGCAAAGACCACCUGAAGAACCACCUGCAGACCCAUGACCCCAACAAGGAGGCCUUCAAGUGUGAAGAGUGUGGGAAGCACUACAACACCAAGCUGGGAUAUAAGCGCCAUGUGGCCAUGCACUCUGCCACGGCCGGGGAUCUCACCUGUAAAGUGUGCAUGCAGAGCUACGAGAGCACGCCCGUGCUCUUGGAGCACCUCAAGAGCCACUCUGGGAAGUCUUCGGGCGGCACCAAGGAGAAAAAACACCCGUGCGACCACUGUGAUCGCCGUUUCUACACACGGAAGGAUGUGCGACGGCACAUGGUGGUCCACACGGGCCGAAAGGACUUCCUAUGCCAGUACUGUGCCCAGCGCUUUGGCAGGAAGGACCAUCUGACGCGCCACGUGAAGAAGAGCCACUCGCAAGAGCUGCUGAAGAUCAAGCCGGAGCCUCCCGACAUGCUAGGUCUUUUGGCUUCUGGGUCGCCCCCUUGCUCUGUGAAGGAGGAGCUCAGCCCCAUGAUGUGCGGCAUGGGUCCCAACAAAGACCCCAUGAUGGGCAAACCGUUCCCCAGUGGGGCCCCUUUUCCGAUGGGCAUGUACAACCCCCACCAUCUCCAGGCCAUGUCUAAUUCUGGGGUGGGUCACCCGCACCCGUCCCUGAUGCCCAGUCCCUUGUCUGCAGCUAUGGGCAUGGGCUGUCACAUGGAAUCCCCUGGUCCUCUUCACCCACACUCCCACCACCACCACCAUCACCACCACCAUCACCACCACCACCAUUCCCCUCCGCUGCCCCAGCACCACCAGCCCCAGGCUCCCCAGCAGCAGCACCAGCCCCAGCCAGCCCCCAAAUACCAGCUGGGAUCUACCUCAUACCUGCUGGACAAGCCCUUGAAAGUGGAGAUGGAGAGCUUCCUCAUGGAUCUGCAGAGUGGCUCUCCAGGCCCGGUUCCCUCUGCAGAGCCACAUGCUGCUGCCUCACCCCACAAGGACGGACUGGAGCCCACCUCGGGCCUGGUGGACGAGCUUUGCGGGGAUCACCUCCUGUCCAAGAGCCCUGCGGUGAUCGCCGAGUCUCUGUGCGCUGCUAACAUGGACUUCUCCCACCUGCUGGGCUUCCUGCCCCUCAACCUGCCUCCCUACAGUGCCCCCAUGAGCACGGGAGGCCUGGUGAUGGGCUACACCUCAUCCGCGACCCCCUCUUCUUCCUCCUCCUCCUCUUCCUCAUCUCUGCACGCUGCCGAGCCCCACGCCGCAGCACCUCUUACCUCUUUGCAACCGCAACCUCAGGAGCAGCAGAGCUCCAGCGGGGGUCUGGGCCUCGGACCCCUGCACCCCCUCCCACCAGUGUUCAGCUCCAGCCUUAGUACCACCACGCUGCCUCGCUUCCACCAGGCCUUCCAGUGAGAGAGCCAGCCCUUGGCCCAGCCAAGAUGGCCUCCAUACCAUCCUCAGCUCAGUAUGGAUAUUUCGGGUUGUGGUUCUUUUACAGGGCCUGUUGAAGAAGUUGGAGAAUUAGAAUAAAUAAAUACACAAGAAAAUACACUUAGAAGCCUUAUCAGAAAGUGCACAAAAGCUUUUGAUUGAGCCUUAAAAGAAAGUUAAACCCCUUUGAGCAAAAAAGGAAAGGUGAGAAAAGAAGUUGAAGGAGCUUUUAUUUGGGCUUUUUGCCCCCCCCCCCCUCCUAUAGUUAUAACAAUGUAUUAACCCAUCCUUUUUAUUUCCAUUUACUUCCCCUUUUAUCCCCCUUCCAUCCCCUAUUUAGUAGUAUAGAGGACAGGAUCAGUAGGCCAAAAGGCGUGGUACUGCAUACUUUAAGUAAUAAUAUAAAAAAAAAAAAUCAAAGAUAAUUUUUUAGUGAAGAUUAUCUGUCUUGUUGUGACCCAGAAAAAAAAUAUAUAGUUUGAAGUGGAUAUUUUGUUUUACUUUAUUUUUCUUUUCCAAAUGUAAGAACAUGUGUCUCAUCUCGAGUUUUGAACCACCCACUCUAAUUACCUAAACGUCACAAUCCGUACAGAGAGCCUCUGCUUUCUUGCUCUCUCUCUCUCUCUCUCUCUCUCUCUCUCCCUCCCAGUGAAGGAAUUAAGUGAUAUAGACAUUCACACAGUCAAUGAUCUAACUCUAAAAUCCCCCUCUAGACAACUAGAGCCACAAAACCCCCCUCUGCCUCUAAAGAAGUGCUCUUUAAAUAAGAUUUUAAAAAAAAACGAGAUAGAUGUCCUUUUUAUUUUUCUGUAACUGCAACCAGUGUGCUCCUAGAGUCAGGUCAGUUGUAUUGAAAAUAGCUCACUAAAUGGAAAAACAGACUCUUAUCAUAUGAAUGAUAAGAGAUCUGUUUGCUGCCAAACACAGAGACCAGUCACACACAUGGCCACAUUUUUAAGCAACAGAUGUGUGAGUUGGUUGAAAAUUAUGUAAUCUCACGCUGGCUUUUUUUCUUUUUUUUUUUUUUACUUGUUCCUUAAGAGAAGCACUUUAAAAAAAAUUAAAAAGAAAUUCAGAGGAAGGCACUUAACCUUUAGGAAUCUCCAUGGGAAACGUUUUGUCUCCUUUCUCGUGACUCCCAGAGGUUUUCACUGCCUGAGACAGAGACGUUCUCCUCACUCUCCUUCCGUCACCCGUCUCCCUUCUGACAGUUAUCUUUACAAAAUUCCCCUGAGAAUUGCAUAAUGAUAAUUGCAGCAGUUACGUGGCUGCCCAACAUCCCUAAAAAAAAAGAUAUAUAUAUAUAUAUAUAUAUAUAUAUAUAUAUUUCUUUUUUUUUUUGGAACAAACACAUCUUUAGGCAGUCUUUCAAAAAGAUGCAUCAUCAAGGUAAUGAUGAACCCUGACAUAUGUGAAUGGCAAAAGAAAACAAAAGAAUUUCAGUGACAGAUGAGUAAAACAAAUGUGUUAAAGAAUGUUAUUGCAGUGUACGAAAUAUCUCAAAAAUGAAUAUUAUUAUUGCUUUUAUCUCAGUAAGGUGUAUUUUUAGAUAGACGUAUUAAAACUAAGUGAUGAUGUUUUUUUGAUGUCUGGCAGGUUUACAUUUGUGUGUAUCUUGCAUUUUUGAUCAAACAAAAUGGAUGAAGUAUUAGCUUUUUCCCUUAAGCUUUCCCUGUCAUAUCCGAUCUUUACCUUUACAUGUACUUGAGUUAUAGUAUAGCGGAAUCAGAACUGUGGAUGGGAUAUAUCUAUAGAAGGCUGUUAGAAUUAGGAUUUGAACUAGAUAGAUUGUUGGGAUGCUGACAAUGGAUGGCCGACGAAAUCUCUUGACUGUAGGUCUUUUUAGCCAGUGGAAUAUGUAACCCCUGCGCUGUGGUGAAAUCCCAGCCGAUUUCACUACAGGCUCAGUGGCAAGUGGAAGUCUUGGAGUUUAAAUCCUUUCUAACCAUUCACCAACAGCCUAUUUAAAAAAAACCUGAGCCCAAAGUUAACCCGAAGCUUCAAAGUGAAAUCGGUGCUCUUUAUCUAACGUUCGGUCUGUGGCAUGACCAACAGCAACUGGCAUAACCAUGGCCACACGCCGAGCUGAACUCCUUCAUCAUCUGGGAUAGUUCAUCUUGUACGGAAAAUGUUGUUCCAGUCAUAGAUCGCAAGACCCCGUUCACUUUUGCCUAUAGCCCGAAUCGCAAUUUAGCCCUCUGAGGACGAAAGACGCACAAACUUCAACUCAAAAAGAGAUAUUACAACAUAUCAUUUCAGACAUUUAUUUACUAUUUUAGUCAUAUAUAACCUAAAGACUUUGGUUAAACUCAUUUCAAGCACCGAAACUAUUCUUACAACACAUCAUAAGUUAAGAUUUGAUUUCAAAAAGCCAACAUCAACGUUUCAGAAUUUUUCAGACAUUGCUCUAGGAAAACUGUGGGCACGACUAUAUGGAAAGCUGAGUUUGUUCUGAAAAUUUUGAUAUGAAACACAUGGGGAUCAGUUAUAUGCAAACAACCCUAAAAAGGUGAAAUGAAGAUAUGUGAAAAUGCCUUUAGACCUCAGAGGGUUAAAUGUUGAGUAAAAACAAAACAAAGGACAGAAACCAGGAAAGACACAGUUCAUGAAAAAAUGAAAAAUAAAACACAUAUUGCUGCUUUUAGCUACGGUUGCUGAUGGAUGACAACUGUAGACCACUAGAACAUUUACAUUUCUUUUUUUGCAAGAUGGACAGCGAGCUGAAAACAUGCACAAACGGAACCGACAAAGUGUUCAUCAUCCCCAGGCCCCAUCCCCUCUGUACUCCCCCCCUCCUCCUCUCUCAGCUGCUUUGUAGAGUCAAAGGUAAAGGAUCUGAAAAAUACGGCGAUAUCCGGGAAGAAAAAAAAACCCGCCUUCACCGAAUUCCCAUGCUUUGACGUUCAAAGCACAGGGGGACACUGACUGACUGCACAACUUGGGGGGGGUGGUAUUGCUCAGUCAUAUAUUUGUUUGUUUGUUGUCAUAUGAUAUAUUAUUUUCUGUUUGUAUAAAACAGGACCUCGAAAAAAAAAAAACAACACAACACAUCACCUCAUUUUUAUUUGUUUUUUUUUUAUUUUUCUUACCAAAACCUGGGGAGAAGAAACUCCAUUUUUGCACAAUUGCUUGAUACAAAAUGCUACAAGUGUUAUCGGAUUAUGUUUUUAAAAAAAAAAUACUGUAGGAUAUGGAACCCCCGACGAUGAGCGGCUGAUGGCCCCCCCCCACGUGUUAGACAGGCAAAUAUGUCUAACGUUGGGAGGCAGGAGCAGCUAAAAAUUCACAAUCAGCAAGCACUGAUGUAAGAAAAAGCUCCCCCCCCCCACAGUCUGACUGUUUAAUCACAACUUUAUCGCUAAAAUGGUAGAUUUUAUAAUCCAAGUUCUGAACUAAUUUGAAACAUGUAUAAGUCUCCCCCCCCCCCCUUGGAAAGUCAUUAUUUUGAUAAUUUGAUUAUUUUGAAUGACUCUUGCAAAAAUGAUCAAACCUUUUAUUGAUCCUAAAUAAAUUAGCUGGCGGCACCUUUGUGAGACUUUAACAUGAUAUACAUAUAUAUUUUAAAAAAGGCAAGAUUUAAAUUUGAUCUUUAUUAUGAUCUUAAAAAAAAAGGUUGUUUUUAAGAAAAAACCCUCUUGGCUUAAGCCAUAUUUGUAGCAAUCAAAUUGAGAAUUUAUACUUUUGUAACAAAUAUUCAUUUAGCCCUAAAAAAAAAAGAAAACAAAAAAAGGAAGAAAGAAAGAAAAGCUUUUGGCAUGUAUUAAGUUUGUCCUCCCUGGGUUUCUGUGAGCUAAUCUGAAUUCUAGCACUUUCAACCUUUAAAAAAAAAAAAAAAAAAAAAAAAGAGUAUUUUUUUUCUUUUAAAAUUUCAGCUUAUAUGUUCAUAUGUUUUUAAUUUUGUAUUGAUCCUGUAUAUGUAUGUGCCAUUAGUUUGAUGUGUAGACUUUAUCAAGCUUUGUGUAUUUCUCUUCUCCAAAAGAAUAACAGUAUUUUUGAUAGACUUUUCACUAAUAUCCUUCUAAAUAAGAGCCCCCCCCUGUCCCUUCUCCUCUGAAACCUUUUUUUUUUUCUUCCUCGCUUUUGGGUAAACCAGCUUUGCCUUCUCUCUCUCUAUCUCUCAUAAAUUUAUCUAAUACAACUCUAUAGCCAAGCACUGGAAGAGAACAGCAACAACGUUUCUGUUAUUCUGAGGCGGUGAGAAACGAGACGGUUGUCAGUACAGUGUCAAAAAGCCACAACCUGACCACAACCUGCCAUUAAAAAACGCUGUUGCGACAGAGACCCAUCUGCACGCCAUUUUUAGACCAUGUAACUGAAGAA